AUGCGCUCGGUGUUCGUUGCUGCUUUGAUCGGUUCGGCCGUGGCUCAGAAGGGCAGACAGUCAAGUGACCCCGUGUACACUUGCCCUGCCGGGUUCAACCUGAACGGCAAGAUCUGUGAGAGACAGACCACUGCGCAGCCUCAGCUGAUCUGCCACCAGGGCGUCUUGAGCGGCUUGGAGUGUCUGACUGAGACCCCCAAGUCCACGAGAUGUCCGCCGGGUACCCUGCAGUCGGGCAAGCAGUGCAUUACCUCUCAAGAGUUCCCUCCUGUGAAGGUGUGCCCCACCGGAUUUGUUGAGACCCUCGCUGGGUGUGAGGCCCAACAGCCGCUGCCCCUCAUUGAGGUGUGCGAAAUCGGCUCCAGGGAAGGCCCCGAGUGCGUGACCGCCGAGACGGCCCCGUACGUCGUGAGCCAGAAGUGUCCUCCCGGCUUCGAGGAGGCAGCCAAGGGCGGCUGCUGGAAGAAGACCACCUACGAUUGCACUCCCGCUUUCGCCGGUAAGGGCGGACUCCGCGGCCUGAUCGGCGAACUCGGCGUUGCCCCUGCAAACGCCAAGGCACAGGUCAUCAAACAGACCUGCGAGCGCAAGGAGGCUGCUCCUUACCUCACCGACAAGGUCUGCCCCGCCGGCUUCGAGGACAACGGCAUCAACGGCUGCAUCAAGAAGCACUUCCACCCCGUCAUCACCAAGUGCUCCAACGGUGGCGCUGCCUCCCAGUGCUUCACCACCCGCACCGUGCCCUUCGAACAAGAGUGCGAAACCGGCGUCAUGACCGGCAAGAUGUGCCGCAUUCAGAAGACCGUCGCGCCCGAGACCUUCUGCGCCACUGGCUAUGACAACGGCCAAGCUUGCGUCCAAGCCCACCCCACCGCUCCCGUCUGCGCACCGGGUCUUACCCUCACCGGCGGUCUCUGCGUCGGCUCGGAAACCGCUCAACCCGAAGUUACAGUGACUCUGACCUGCACUGGCAAGAACUGCCACCACUAG